AUGUCACAACGCUUAGAAGACGAGCUUGAAGAGCUCCAAUUAACACAGUACUACGACGCGUUUGUAGACCAAGGCUUUGACUCCUGGGAGACGCUUCUCGACAUCACAGAGUCCGAUCUGGACGCCCUUGGAGUCAAGCUUGGCCACCGCCGGAAACUACAACGGCGGAUUGCAAACUAUCGCGGUGUCGCCCAGGACGUCUCUCUUGUUUCACCCACUCGCACGCCCGGAGAAGACUCAUCAAGAACAGACUCCACAACGAAGCAAGAGGCGCCUUCAAACUUCAAUCUCGACAGCCGUGGUGCAGUCCCCGGUGUCCUCGCAAAGCGGAAGUACCGGAGACACCCUAAACCAGACGAGAACGCACCAGAACGUCCGCCGUCCGCCUACGUACUCUUUUCGAACAAAAUAAGAGAGGAUCUGAAGGGCAAGAACCUAUCGUUUACGGAAAUCGCCAAGCAUGUCGGCGAAAACUGGCAGGGUCUGACUGCGGCCGAGCGUGAGCCCUUUGAGACGCAAGCUCAACUCGCCAAGGGCAAGUACAACCAAGACUUGGCCGAGUACAAGAAGACCGACGAAUACAAGCAGUACAUGGUGUACCUGCAGGAUUUCAAGGCCAAGCAUGGCGGCAAUCAGACCCAAGACAACAAUGCAUUCAAGCGGAUCAAGCUCGCUGAUUUCAGCACCACGAACACGCCCAUGCUCGACGGUAGAUUUGCGUCUCCUCCCACAGCGCAACACCACCCUGACCACGGCCGCAGCCUACAUGAACGCCACAUCAAGCGUAACAGCGAGGGAUUGAAUGACCACGGCUCCCAGUACGGUAGCGAAAGUUCCCGCGACAUCGACAGCCACCACGCCAGUGGAAAACGCCACAUUAGAUCCACUGCCUCUGGUUCUGACUGUCAAUACUCGGCCUCGCCCUCGCCUGGACUGAUGCACUCCCCGACGCCUCUCAGCCACCGAAAGAACGACGACGCUCACAGCCACGAUGCUCACUCGUACCGCUCGCCCUCGUCGCGCCCAGCCAGCCGGAGUCCUCACGCUCAUACCGCAACGGUGCUCCCGCCAAGCCAUGGCCAAUCGACGGCAAUCCGACGCAGUGAGAGCGGUGGCAGCGCCCAUAUGGGCCUGCCUUCUCUGUCACGUAUGUUCCACGAUAAUAGACACUCGCACUCGCCAACAACCAUUGGCUCAAUGUCGGGACCAAGACCGGAUACUGGAAGCAACAGCCCCGGCAUGGCUCCGCACAGCAACCACAUGAUGGUCAGCAGCAGCAGUGCCAGCAGCGCAAGCAACGUUAGCAAUGGAUCAGGCACUUCGUCGUACUCGACAGCCAGCAGCAACAGAAGUGGCAGCUACCCGCGCACACCACUCGAAAGCUCGAUGCCAAUCCACACCCUGCUCUCAGAUACCAGCAAGACCCUCUCGCCGACGUCGCCACACAAAUCAUCUGCGUCGUCCUAUCGUGCCCAGCCGUAUUCGCAAUCCAGCUGGCAGCAUCCUUUGAGGCCGCCAUCUCUAACAUCGUGGAACUACCUGCAAGCGAAGUUACCGACGGAGCAUGGACCGGUAGACAAGACCUCGCUGUAG